GUCAGGGCUGUGUUUGCGUCUAGCCUGUGCGCGCAGCGGAACGCCUGGUGCCAGUCCAGGUUCCUGACUUUAAAGAUGGAUGACUUAUUCAACCACAGCGGAGGAGCUCUGAACAGAAGUUCACCUGGCGAUGAGAAAUUCAGUUUCGAAGACAUCGACGUGAGCGCAGACGGCACCUCCAUCCUGAGGAUCCUCAUCUCCGUGGUGUACUCUGUAGUUUGCGCGGUGGGUCUGGUGGGAAACCUGCUCGUCUUUUUCCUCACGAGGUUACGGCAAGGUCGGAAGAAGUCCACCAUCAAUUUUUUCAUCAUCAACUUGGCAGUGACGGACUUCCAGUUCGUGCUCACUCUGCCCUUCUGGGCUGUGGACACCGCGCUGGACUUCAGCUGGCCGUUUGGAGACUCCAUGUGUAAAAUCAUCCUCUCGGUCACCGUGAUGAACAUGUACGCCAGCGUGUUCUUCCUCACUGCCAUGAGUGUGACCCGCUACCUGUCUGUCGCCUCGGCCCUGAAGAAGAAAGCGUACAGGAGGUCCCGGUGCGUCAAGUGGGUGUGCGCGGUGCUGUGGGUGGCGGCGACAGUGGCCACAGCUCCCACAGCUAUCUUCUCCACCGUGACUGUGGUGGCCGGUGAAAAACUCUGCCUCCUCAAGUUUCCAGAGGGGCACGACUGGCUCGCCCUCUAUCACAUCCAGAAAAUAUUAAUAGCCUUCAUCAUACCCAUGCUCAUAGUCUGUGUUAACUACCUGAUGCUGCUGCGCUUCGUGAGGCGGAGGAGCAUGGACAGCAGCAACCCCAAACGGAGAUCUAGAGUCACCAAAUCUGUCGCUAUCGUGGUUUUGUCUUUCUUCUGCUGCUGGAUGCCAAAUCAUGCCAUCACCUUCUGGGGCGUCCUGGUCAAAUUUAACGCAGUUAACUGGGACAAGUCAUAUUACAUGGUGCACACGUAUGUGUUCCCUGUCACCGUGUGCUUGGCGCACGCGAACAGCUGCCUAAACCCGGUGCUUUACUGCCUGAUGAGGCCAGAGAUCAGGAAGAUGCUCAGCGCGUUGUUUUGGAGAGUGUCCCCUCCAUCCUCAAAGAAGAGCUGCGCCACGCGCUCUUUUACGCACGGAGAAACCCAGGGAGUCGUGCCUCUCCAGAUUAUGAGCAAGGGGGAGUACACGCUGCCCAUCAUAGACCGUAAAGGUUUACCAAGCUCCAAAAUGAUCCCUCGGUAACUUGAGUGUGGUGAAACAUAACACCUCAUGCAGCUGCUUUUUGCUCUGGUUGUCCACCUGUGACUGUCAUGACUCGUGCGUAAUGCUUUCGCCACUACUUCAGAUUUAAACAUUUUUUAUAAUAAAUAAAGAUGAACGCUAUCACCUGGUUGUCAUGAUGACAUGAACUAUGUUUGAGAAGUGUAAUGUGGAGUUUUUUAAAUUCCUACAACUGUCACAACAAUACCUAUCACCUGUUAAUUUCGUUGGCGAACAAAACGCUUCUGUUUCCAAGACACCGGGCAACAGAGAGACGGGGACAGGGGGCAAAUGAAUCUUAGACACUUUCAAGGACUCCCAGCUUCAAGUGGGAUUGUAUUAUGAAAAAGGAGCGUGCAGUGUUUCUGCUCUGCCUGUAAAUCAAUUGCUUUUCCACUUGAAGUCGUAAGAGAUUGACUUCAAGUGACUAUUGAUCAACUCCACAGAACAUCUUCAAUCCUGUGGCAUCCUUAAUUCUUUACAUUUCUCUGUAUAGCUGUGCUAAAUUUUGUAUACUGUAUGUUGUCCUCACACAUCUGCACUGUGUUCACCCACUGCUGUAUGUACAAAAAAAGAUCAUAUAUAUAAACAUAUAUUGUAUAUUUUCUCA